UUUUUAGGUUGGAACAUCUGAUAUUAAUGAUUUGGCCCUAGAUAAUCAUGAGUGUGUGGGAAGGGCACAUGAGGUGUCAUGAUCCCGAGAGACCUGCUUCUCAGUUGCAGUUGGCAGGCAUCAGGAUUACGCAAGUGGGAACAAAGACAUCAGAUUCAAUUCUCCAUCCAGAGUUGGAGAAAAGUAUGGAUGUAAUUCAAGCUGUGAGGUGUGUUACUGUCCCCUUGUACAACAUGACUGGAAUUUCAUUCAUAAUUCACCUACAAGAGCCCAUAGAUGGACUUGGGCGAAGUGUCUUCUCCUCCCUCAACAAGAGUGAUGAGGUGGGAUAUAUAGCCAAGGUGGCCAGAAAGGAAGGAUUUAACUUGAGGGAAAGUGCUCUUUUGCUUCUCAUAAUUGGUGAUGGUCUUUCCACUGAAAACAAGCUGCUGGCUUUGGAGCUGAGGAGUCCUUGUGGCCUUGAGAGGCUCAAGAGAGAAUUACUUCCAUCAUCAUCGAAUGCUGAUGUGAAGCUGGGAAAGUUCAUUGAUCAAGGAGGUUCUUGCCUCGGACAACCAGAUGACUGGAGGGAGAGAGAUGAGUUGGAGUAUCAGAAAUCGUGCCUGCAGUUCCUGAGUUUACAAGAGAGAAGUCCAACAAAGGAAGCUUUGAUGCACUCAGCUGGGCACUUUGCUAAAUGUGAAACAUCCACUUCUGACAUUCCAUCAACUUGCAGUGUCUCAUUGCUAGUGGACAGAUUAAAAUCAGCCAUCAAACCACCUCAAGAUGCAGUUGGAAAUUUGGCAAGGCAAAAUCAAGAAAUUGACAGAAUUGCUACACUAUUACCUUCUCCAUCUGCCACAGUUUGGCCAGAUGCUUACCACCUUAGUCAUCCUGGGAUCUCGUAUAAUGUAGGUGGGGUGGUGGAAUCAAGGGAACGUGCACUGUUCAAGACAAAAUUCAAGUGGGAAACUGUCUCAUCUGUGUCCGUAGAGUCUCCCCAAGCACCUGUUACUCUGUCUCACAAAGCUGGAGGUAUGAAGCAUCCAAGGAAGUCAGAAACACUGAGGAGGAGUCCUCGCCAACUCCCUUCUGUUUCACGUUCACAUGCUAGCAGGCCAAGAGACAGAUUGGAGAACGAGAAGAGAGAAAAAUGCCUAUCUCAUGUGAAGGAAGUCUACAAGCAGAAAGUGCGGAGUGCUAUUCUGGAUGCAUUGGGCACUCAAGAAAUUGGGAUUAAAGAUCCCCUGUUCCGUACUUGCUUCCGAAGACUUUAUGCUGUGCUGGCUGAUGCACUACCUGAUGUGAUAAAGAAGGGAAGCACUCGCUUGCAACUGAAUGCCAUUGCCAAGUCUCAUGUCAAGCAGAUUGUUCAUAUGGCAAAGAAAAGGAUCCCUACCUGAACUACACUACUCUCUCAUCAGAAUGAUUACCCUGUAUGGAGGCAAGGGCAACUGAUGAGGCUGGGGGCUGAUGUCAUCAGUAACAUUUUGAACUGAAAAUAUAAGGAAUUUGCAACCAUGCAGGGACAAAUACUGAGUGUUAAUAAAAUUGUGAUAAAUGUCAGAGAAAA